AUGUUUGAUGAUCUCAAAUUUGCCCCAUCAGAAGAACAAUUCACCAUGCAAAAAACUAUCAUCACAACCGAAAUGGAUCCAGAAGAAUAUCUAAAAACAGUGAGAGAGAGCAUUACGGUCAAAAAACCAAUUCUUUGGAUCGAUAUUAUCAAAACAUUAAUUGGUAUUGGAUUAUUUGUUUGCGCAUACUAUGGUCGAAACUUAAUAUAUGUCUAUCCUGAUUGUGCUUUCUUUGGAUCGUACUUAUUUAUUUCUGGUUUCACUGGCCUUUUCCAAUGCAUUAGAAAUAUUAAAUACAAAGUAAAAGCAAUUUUCAAGAAGCAUGCAUUCACUGUCUUCACGUUGUGUUUGGAUAUUUUCUAUAUUCCUAUUUUGACAUAUUUCUUGCAAAUGAUGUUAUUUACACAUGUUCAAUGUCCUGCAGGUUAUUUCUGGGGUGCAUCUAAAGCAGAUUAUUUGGCUAAAGGCCAAGGUUAUUGUAUGCCAUGUGCUAAUACAUUAGAAGGUAGAUAUCCUGGUUAUUCUGGAUUUUUUAAUAAUAAUAAUAAUUAUACUCAAUCCCAUUAUGAUGAAUUCAAAUCAAGGAAUCCUGGAAUAUACAAUGAAAAAAUAUAUACAAUUAAUAAAACAACUGCUCGAAUAUCCGAAUAUUGUACAAUGAUGUAUUCAGGAAAUCCAAUUCGUGUUCUUAGAUCAGAUAAUGCAAUUUAUUUUGAUAUUGAAAUUUUGCAAAAUAAUCUAUUAUUUUUGUUUUGGGCUAUCCAAUUUAUCAUGAUAGGAACUCCUGUUUUGUAUUUUCUAUUUAUAUAUAGAGCCAGAAAACAACCUAAAACAAUUGCUGCUUACGGGGAAACAGAAGAAUAUAGAUGGCAUGUCUUAAUGAACAGAGUUGAAACUGUUGGUGCCAAGUAUUGCAAAGAUUUAACAGAAAACAAUGCUUAUUGGUCAUGUUUAAAGAUCAUAUACAAAUUCUUUGUUCUUCUUGUGACAACAUUUGCAGAAUUCUCCCACAAGAGUAUAAUCAUUUGCCUUCCAAUGCAUAUUUUAAUGUUGGUUACAACUUUAAUAAGGAAGCCAUAUUUCUCGUUCCUUAACAACUUAAUCGAUAUGAUUUUAUAUGGAAUUAACGCUUUUGUCGGAUUUAUGGCAUUUAUCAUUGUUUAUGCAACAAUUCCACCCAAAGUUAAUUCCGGAUUUGUUGUGACAGCAGAUAUUAUCGGUGUUGCAGCAACAAUUGGUGUAAUGAUUGCAAAUAUACUUGAUAAAAAGAAACUUGUUGAUCCAACAAGACUCACUGAUAAUGAUGAAAAAAGACUUAAAUUACAGAAAGAAAAAGAAAAUGCAGAGAAGAAAAAGAAAGAAGGUAAAGAAAAGGCCAAUAAGGAUAAAAAAGGAAAGAAGAAGAAAGAUAAUGGAAAGAAGAAGAAUUCUAAAAGAAGGCAUCCCAACAAGAAAGCUGAUGAUUUAUUAGAUUACUCAGAUUAUGAUGAAUAUGAUGAAAAUGACAACACUAAAUCAAAGAGAAAAAGAGGAAGCGAAGAUGAUAUGAGUGAUUUGAGUGAAAGUGAAGAAAAAAUGCAAGAAAAAUCUGAGAGUUUGGAUGAUAAAAGGAAAGAAAAGAAGAAAGAUUUGUCAGAUAAUGUCAACGAAGACGAAUUAUCUGAUUUAGAAAAUGUCCAAGAAUCUGAUUAUUACGAGAGUGAAAAAGAUGAAUCAAAAUCUGAUAAAGAUAAAAAGAAACCUGAAAAAAUAAAGGAUAAAAAGAAAUCAACAACAGACGAAGAAUCAGAGAAAGAUAAAGAUAAAAAUAUAUCAAAGUCAGAUGAAGAAUCUGAGAAAGAUAAAGAUAAAAAGAAAUCUAAAAAAGAAAAGGAUGAAAAGGAAUCAAAAUCCGAGAAAGAUGGCAAAAAAUCAAAGAAAGAUAAAAAGAAUAAGAAGGAUUCGUUAGAAGAUGAUCCAGAUGUUGGUCCAAUUCAAAUUUCAAAGGAUUUGAUCAAAUCAAUCGAUGGAACACAUGACAUUUUAGAUGAAGAUAUUAACAUGGAAAGAAUGGUACUCAGACAGAGAUUCAACCUCCUUUACCAAGUCUACGAUUUGAUGAUCAAUGAUGUUGAAUUUUCAAUUUUGGCUAGAUUUUUAAGAUUCAUGUGCAUAAUUGGAAUUAUUGUAGCAUUACCUUUCUUCUUUAAUGACUCAUUUCAAUAUAACAAUUGCCAAAUAUUUAAUUUUGAUUAUAACAAAGUGUACUUACCAUUUUCUCCCGAUACCCAUGAAGAAGAUAAAUUUGACAUUUUCGACACUUUGAGAUAA